AUGAAUCUGCUCCGCGACUCUACUGCUGACAGGAUUAGCAACCUUCCCGGCGAUGUGAUAGAGCGCAUUCUGAUGUCCUUGCCGGUCAAAAAUGCAGCGAGAACCAGCCUCUUGUCAAGAAACUGGAGGCAUUGCUGGAGAAGCAUUCCUCAGCUCGUCUUCGAUCGCGAUUUCGCUCCGCCCGCCGAAACAGAAGGAGGUCUUUACUCAACGGAUGCCAAUGAUAAGCUAAUGAUGCACAUUCAAGAAGCACUGCUGGGUCACGAUGCCCCAACAAUAACCAAGUUCGAGAUCUCAAUUCCUGGGUGUAGCUGGUGUCCUAAGGUCGACCUCUUGAUGCUCCAUCUUUCGCGCAAACGCGUAGAGGAACUUACCCUUCUCUUUUGGGGUAAUCUCGAUCACGAAUCACCCCGGUUGCACUCAUCCCUGUUCUCCUCUGCCUUUCCCCUGAAGCGUCUGAAACUGCAGUACUUGGUUUUCAGACCACCGUCUGGGUUCGUUGGAUUUAGCAAGCUCACCUUUCUUGAACUGCAAGCGGUUAACCUGCCGUCUGAUUUCUGCGAGAAUUUCAUUCCCCGCUGCCCGCUGCUUGAAGAGUUGAGGAUUCUACAUUGCAGUGCCAGAGAGCAUGUCUUUGUGUCGCCUUCUCUCAAGGUGCUCCUGUUUCGCUCGCCUUUUCUGAAGAUUUGUUUCAAGCACACCCCGAUUCUUUCAGUGGUAUCAGUACUUGAUGACCAAGGGAAAUCCAGUUACGUCGGAACAUCGUUAGUGAAGCAUAAUCCGCGCUUCGUCCGCUUGUUUGCAUCUCUCCCUGUAGUUGAGCACCUCAAGCUUGGCACAGAAUUGCUGCUAUUCCUUGCUGAUGGUCAUGUCCCCUACCAGCUUCCUACAGCUCUCCACAACCUAAAGUUCCUCGAAGUACCUGGUAUUCUGUUGCAUAGGUUGCCACAGGCGCGGGAUCUUGUUUGUCUGAUCAAGAGUGCCCCCAACUUGAAAAGACUCAUCGUUCGGCUCGAUGACAAUGAAGAACGUGCGCCUUCAGAGGUUACUGCUAGUCUACAGACGUUGUUAGGAGAAGAUCAACACCCUGGAGUCUGUUGCCUUCAACAUUUGGAAGAAUUCGACAUUCAGGGCACUCGUGGUACGCGAGAGGAGCUGGAAUUGGUGAGAUUUGUUGUAGUCAAUGCCCCCAUAUUUUGCAGGAUCUCCAUUAAGCACAAAGAAAUAUUGUUCGCGGAUACUGUUUCGAAGUUCUCGAAUGAGAUGUUAAUAUAUAAGCAUAUUGUUGGCGUGAUUAAUUGUACCCAUUAG